UUCUUCUAAUUCUUACAUGAGAUUCGCUCUCCGCAUAUGUUACUCAGCUGCUCAAAGUCCAAUAUUCAUUUUCCACGUAAGAACACCAAUAAAUAUUAAAAACUCGCAUUAAUAUAUAUAUAUUUUCCCUCCUUAUUGAAUCCUCUUCACAGAAAAGGCUCCAUUUGUUUCUCUGCAAAUCCGCCAUCUCCAUCUCCAUCUCACUCACUCACUCACUCACUCACUCACUCACUCACACACUCUCUCUCUCUCUCUCUGAUGAUCUGCAUUUUCCGAACCCAUUUUCUCACUCUUUCUUCACUCGCUCUUUCUCUCAUUCUUUAUACAUAAUAUACACACAAUCGAAGAAGCGAAUGGAGGCUGUUGCUCUCUCUGAAGAUCUGUCCGAUUCCACUCAGCGUUCCGACUCAGACAGCAACCGGCAAAUUUACUUCAUUCCCUACAGUUGGUGGAGAGAUGCACAAGACUCAGUUUUGGGCGAUUCGGAUGGAAAGAGAGGGAUUUUGUAUGUGACCUCGCAAGCUUCCUCGUAUGCUGGACCUAUGAAGAUUAUCAACAACAUUUUCAACUCAGAUCUUGUAUUUAAUCUCAAGCGGGAGGAGGAUACUGUGCACAGUGGUGAAAAUGGCGAAGUGGGUGUCUCAGGCCGAGACUAUGCAUUGGUCCCCACAGAAAUGUGGGUUCAGGCACUCAGAUGGUGAGUGGUUUUGAUUCGAUUUGGGCCAUUUUUUAUGAUAUGGGGUCUUUUGAAUGUGUUUUCAAUGAAAAAAGAGAAAGGUGCUACUGAAAAACGAUUCGGAUUUGAUAUAAUUUGUGCCAAGAGUGAUCAGUGAUUGAUGCUGCCACUUGCGGUUUAGAUGGUGUUUAAUGAUGUGAAUAGCUGGCUCUGGGUCCUUCUGGUGUUUUAGAACUUGAUAUUUUGUUGUACAUUAUACGUUACGUUUGACAUGCUUUUGUAGGGCCGUAAUGGUAUCUCACGUUUAAAUGACGCUUUGUUGUUUUAUAUGGAAGUGGAUUGUAGUGAGUUGUUUCUAUGCCCAUGAAUAUUGCAAGGAAUGUAACCCUUUU